AUUAGAGAAAACAGAACACGGCUAUAUUCAACAGCCAUGGAUCCUUCGCAAGAUAGUGCAGCACCACCGUCUCCCCCGGCUCAAAGCGGCGGUUCUUUCGGAAUCCCCGCAAUGCUUGUCUUUGCUUCCAUAGUUAUCAUCGCCUCCCUGGCAGUGGUGCCAUCAUGUUGGUAUACUAGAAGCAGCUUAUCCAUUUUGCAUCAAGUCCCUGAAGGCCAUGUUGGUGUUUAUUGGAAGGGUGGGGCUCUUCUAAAAACAAUAACCGAGCCAGGUUUCCAUUUGAAGAUGCCUCUUGUAACCCAGUAUGAGCCUGUUCUAGUUACUCUUCAGACAGAUCAGGUGAGGGAUAUUCCAUGUGGUACUAAAGGGGGCGUAAUGAUUAACUUUGAAAAGAUAGAGGUUGUGAAUAAGCUUAAAAAAGAGUACGUGUAUGAGACAUUGCUGAACUAUGGUGUUAAUUACGAUAACACAUGGAUAUAUGAUAAGAUUCAUCAUGAGAUCAAUCAAUUCUGCAGCUCUCACUCUCUUCAGCAAGUAUACAUAGAUGUUUUUGAUCAGAUCGAUGAAAAGAUGAAAGAUGCACUUCAAUGUGAUUGCACAAAGUACGCACCAGGAAUUGAAAUUCUUAGUGUAAGGGUUACAAAGCCCAUUAUACCUGAAAGAAUUAGAAGAAAUUAUGAACAAAUGGAAGAAGAACGCACCAAGGUUUUAAUUUCAAUUGAGAGGCAAAAAGUAGUUGAGAAAGAAUCAGAAACCCAGAAAAAAAUGGCCAUUCAUGAAGCUGAAAAAACAGCCACUGUUAGCAACAUCCUAAGGGAACAAAAGCUCAAGGAGAAGGAAAAUGCCAUGGAACUGCAGGAGAUUGAGAACCAAAUGUUCAUUGCUCAUCAAAAAUGUCUAGCAGAUGCUGAUUUUUAUAGUGCAAUGAAAGAAGCUGAAGCAAACAAGAUGAAGCUGACCCCUGAAUUUCUUGAGCUCAAGUUUAUAGAGGCCAUUGCUAAUAACACCAAAAUUUUCUUUGGUCAUAAGGUACCCGAUAUGGUUUUGGAUCAAAGGCUACUAGUAGGUAACUUCCUUGAGAAUGUGUCGCAACAGGUGCAUGGUGAGAGGCAAAUGAAAUCAGAUGAUAAUGCUUAAAUGAAAUAGUCAAUGUAUACUAUAUACAUGCAUAUAUAAAUAGAAAGUUUAAUCCAUUAU